AUGGAGUCCUCCCCUGCUUCGCCAUCUCCCUCCACCGAUCCCCCAUCAUCGGCCGGUGCUUCUCCAUCAGCAUCCGUCGCUCAAGAACCCUAUAGAAUCCUCGAAACUUCCUACGACGAAUCAUGGGGAGCCCUGAAGGCUGCCUUUUCCUCUACCGGCCACCCAGAACUUUACGACGUCAGCCGAAGUGCCAUUCUGUUCAGACUCUGCUUAAUCGCGUCAUUCAUCUGCAACCACACCGGCAGACUCGAACAGUUCAACGAAGCCCUUGAGUCCUUACGCCAAGCCCUACCGCUUUUCCCGAACUCUGUCUCCAUAGCGCACACACACGCCAGCUUACUCUUCGAAAUCGCCCGACAAAAAGAAGCCGUGCUCCAAGAAGAAGCCGGCUCGUACGAAGCCGUCGUCCAAGAAUGCGAACGCGGGUUGCUGAUCAAGAAUUCGGCGGACCCAAUUCCGUUCUCGGCCUCGCAGCUCGAGAAUUUGAGGAAGGAACUCGUGGAGCUGACAGAGAAAUCCAAGUGGAAGAUCAUCGUUCUUGGAGGUGGGAACAGGAGGGACAAGUGGAAACGGCUUGUAGAUGAUAAUUCCCUGGAGGAGGUAAAGGCCGAGUUCGAGACUGCGCUUCGGAGAAAGAAGGAGAUUGCAGGGUGGAGGCCCUCGCUGGACGAUUGGUUGGGAGAGAAAAGGAAGUUAAAGAAAGGCGAGAAAAAAGACGUCGCUACAAUCCGACGAGUCAGGGCCUUCUGGAACGACAAAAUGAGUGUGGAAGACAAGAGGAAGUUGUUCAGAAUCGGAAUCGAAGACCUCAACGGGUAUUUGGAAAAGAAUGAUUUGCGAAUGGCAAUGAAGGUUUUCACGGAAGCGUUAGAUUUCGCUAAGGCGACCAAUAAAUGGAUGUUUUGGGCGUGCUGUUGCUGUGAAGAGAAGCUUUGUGAUCUAGAUUCCUCUGACAUGCAUAUUUCGUUACAUUUAGGUCCUCUGUCUGAGAGUUUUCAAUCGAUUAUGCCGAUUAAAGCCCCCAAAUGGGCCAUAAACGGCGUUUGGAAGCCAGCGGAAUCGACUUCCGCUGCCAAGAUCAUGGAACGCCGGUCUGCUGCUGCAGAUUGGCCUUAUAUUGACGAGAAAAGUGAGCGGGCAGAAAUCAUCGACAGAAUUCGUAAGAAACUGCAAUUGUUUACGAGUAAUGGAUGUCUUGCUUGGAGCCAUCUCAAUAAACUGCAGAGCUUGAUAAUCGAAUUGCUGCAAAAGCAUGUUCCUCCAGAAUCGAUGAUUACAGUUACAGAUGAUUGGCUUCACCAAUCGCUCCCCUUGAUAUGCUUUUUGGAAGUUCCGGAACUCAACAGUGUUGUUGAGUUCUUGGAAGAUCUGGCCGGUGUUUGCCAAUUGGGUUGCACGUCGGAGGAUGAGGAUGAUGGCGAUAGAGGCAAUAAGUUGUUAUGGAUUACUCCACAGACGAUUGUUCUCAGCUGCGACAAAUCCACUCUCCUUUUUGAUGACAGGUUUUUGGGAGGAGAGACUGAUCUUGUUUCUUGGCUUUGGGCGGAAGGUCCUACAACUGGGGAGCAAAUAAAUGCAUGGAAAAGUUUGAUAGAAGCUAGCAAAAGUCAAGCAAUGGAGUUCUACAAGAUCGUUGAAGAUGAAUGUGGCCGUUUGCGCAGAAUGUGUGAAAGAAAACGCGAGUAUUUGAGUUAUCUGAAAGCAUUGGAGAAUGUUGAGAACAUAUGUGCUUAUGAUGUAUCCCUCUUGCUCAAACGGUGGAAAGAGCUGGACACUGUGACCGAGGAUGAUGAUGAUGAUGAUAAUGCUGAGUUGGAUAUGAUAUGGAGCAUUAUGAAAGAAACAGAAGAAGAGAGUCAAGUUCAAAUGGCAAUCGAGAGGCUGAAAAAUCGCCUGGUUCGAGUGCUUUACCAAAUUGAUGCCAUAAUCCUGUCGACUCUUGCCGCCAUGCGGCGGCAGAUUAGGCAGCCAGCUGGGACGGCAUGUGUUUUUGACUAUCAGUUCGUCGUGGUGCCCAUGUUGAGAUCAUUCAUCAAGGCAUGUUUGGAGGAUUUGGUCAACAAAGAUACUGCAGAGGUGGUUAAUGCUGCAAUAAAAUUUUUGUCGGCAAAGUAUGCUCUUGGUGCCAAGAACACCAACAAAGGAGAAAGACAAGGACCGGGAAAAUCAAACAAGGAAAAGAAGAAAAAUGAUCGCGGAAAGGCUAAGCCAGCGGGUGGUAGUGAGGAGCAGCUGCCUUUUGUCUCCUCUGAACCUAAUCAAGAUGUUGGUAGUACCCAACAGGAAGAGGAAAUUAGGGGUGAGUAUGAAGAGGAGCAAAGAAAGCUUGAAGAAAAUUUGGAUUUGAAGAGGCAAAUUGAAUAA